AUGCCCAAAAAAGUCGAGCGAACACGGACUUUCACAGGCUGUCGAACAUGUCGUUCGCGCCACGCAAAAUGCGACGAGGCUCAGCCCGAAUGUGGAACCUGUGAACGGCUGGGGCUUGCGUGUGGAGGUUAUGGAGCACGGCUGUUUUGGAUCAGGGAUGAUGCUGUCAGGCCGGAGCUGCAGCAGAGUCAUCGGGGCUCGGAGUAUCGGUAUCCACUAUUCUCCGAGAGUGAGAGACGGUUGAUGAGUGAUGAGUUGAAGGGGAGUUUGGGAAAACGAACGGCUUUGGCGUUGUUGGCGGAUAUUGACUCUGCGUGUGAAAAGAGUGAUGUUGGAGAUGCGUUGAUGAGAGGUCCUUUUGGAGUCUUUCAGUCUGUCGAAGAGAAGGAGUUGACGUUGGAUACGACUGAGUGCUCGCCGGAUACUAACACUGAUAAUACAUCGACGAGCAUGUAUGCUGAGACUGAUGGUUUCAUUGAGGAGAUUCAACGAACACAUUGGCCGGAUCAGUUACCCGAAGACGACCUCGACAUUUUCACGCACUCGUUGGACCCAAGUUUCGGCAUCAACUCUGAAGAGAUGACAGCAGGUGACCAAAUGAACAUGCAUGAUUCUAUAGCAAACUUCUUCGUCGAUGAUCCAAUGGGUGCUGAAGGAUUAGCCCUCUUCAGUCCAGGCUUCAUAUCCCAAGUCAUGGGCAACGACACCACUGCGCAAGAAGACACCAUCGACCCAAGCCUUCACCCUCCAAUGAACGAAGUAGUCCCAUAUCCGAGAAACAUCACAAGCCCCUCCGGGCUCCCCGAAGAAGCAGAGCCCUUACUCCGCCACUACAGACAACAUAUCGCCGGCCAACGCUCAACCAUGCAGGCAAAACGCAAGUCUCCUUGGGAAAUCAUCUUUCUACCUUGUGCCCUUGAGACAUUUGCUGAGCUAUCACUAUGGAAUGAAGCUUCUCAUACCCGCUCUUCGAUAUUCUAUACUCUGCUUGCUCAUAGUGCCCUGCAACUGCACAUGUCAAAGGCGCCGAAUUCUUUGGCGGCGGAUUGGAAGGAGAUUGGGUUGAAGAAUCAUGAGAGAGCGCAGAAUCAUCUUAGGCAGGCGCUGCAGCAUGAGAUGUUUGGACCGAGACAGGCGAGUUAUAAGGAGCUUUUGAUGGCUAUCCUUGCAAUGGCGAUGACUUCGAGUCAGUUACACAACGGAGCUCGUGCAUUCCGUAUCUUCCUUCUUGAUGCAGAGCGCCUCAUCCGUCUUCGUGGUCUAGCAAACCAAGCCCAAAAUCCCUUCAAGUCACGUCUUCUGCACCACAUGUACACCCACCUCCGCGUCAUCGCAGAGAGUAUAUCCCUCUGGAGUGAACCCCUUCCCGAAAGCUCUUCAGAGAUCCAAGGUCGAGAGCAAUUCCGAACAUUCCGCAUUACAGAAGAGGGCUUGAACAUGGGUCUUGAUCCAGCCCAGGAGAAAACUGAUGAGCUUGGAUACAAUGACAUCCAUCUUGAAGUUCAAGGACGGUGGACCCAAACUCUUUAUCCGGUUAUUUAUGGGAUACCAGAAUCUCUCAUGACGCUCUUGUCACAAACGGUCUCAUUGUCCAACGAGAAAAAUCGUCUUGAGACUGUCGCACGCUGCAAUCCUUCAAUAUCAGAAGCUCUCUCCAAACACACCAAAACCCUCGAAAACAGAAUCUGGGCAUGGCCCUCAACCCUCGAUCACACCGAACCCGUCAAAAUACCAACGGGCGACGAAGAUCUCGUCCGCCAUCCCCAAGUCCGCUCCAUGACACUCGCAAUCCACCAAGCGUUGGUGAUCUACUUCUACCGAAGAGUCUACGACAUGAACGCCAUGAUCCUGCAAGACCUUGUCCGUAAAACGCUCGAGUAUCUUGAGCCGUGUCUGAGUGAACUGAUCGAUGAUCAGGAUUUUGCGACCAGUCUGGCAUGGCCUGCUUUUGUGGCGGCUUGUGAAGCUGUUAGUCCUGAUUUGCAGGAGCGAGCGUUGAAGUGCUUGGGGGUUACGGAUGAUAAGGGCGUUUAUUUUACGAAUAGGCCGGCGGGGGUUGUUGUGCCGUUGAUUUGGGAGAGGAGGAAGCAGUCUGGGGAUUGGACUACGAGUUGGCAGAGCCUCGUGCAGGAGAGCCUAGCAUAG